CACCAUGAGGCGAGGACCCCGGAGCCUGCGAGGCAGGGACGCGCCGGUCCCCACGCCCUGCGUCCCGACCGAGUGCUACGACCUGCUGGUCCGUAAAUGCGUGGACUGUAGGCUCCUACGCAGAUCGCCACCGAAAACAGCAGCUGGAGCCAGCAGCCCUGCACCCGGGACGGCGCUGCAGCCUCAGGAGUCGGUGGGCCCGGGGGCCGGCGAGGUGUCGCUGCCCGUGCCCAGACUGCUCUUCGGCGCCCCCGCGCUCCUGGGCCUGGUACUGGUCCUGGCGCUGGUCCUGGUGGGCCUGGUGAGCUGGAGGCGGCGACAGCAGCGGCUUCGCGGGGCAGCCUCGUCUGAGGCCCCGGACGACGGAGACGAGGCCGCAGCCCCAGAGCCCCUGGACAAGCUCAUCAUUUUGUCUCCAGGAACCACUGAUGCCACAGCUUCUGCCUGGCCUCCUCCUGGAGAAGACCCAGGAACCACCCCACCUGGCCACAGCGUCCCUGUGCCAGCCACAGAGCUGGGCUCCACUGAACUGGUGACCACCAAGACAGCUGGCCCUGAGCAAUAAUAGCAGAGAGCUGGCAGGAGGUGCCUCCUGGCCUUCCUCCCGACCCCCAGCCAGGGGCUUGGAAAUCAAAUUCAGCUCUUCACUCCAGCAUGCACCUGCUUUCUUUCUGGGACCAGGCUAAAUCCUGCAGAAGCACAGACAGUACCGACCACAGCAUUCAGCCAGCAUGGACUUUGGUGUGCUGGCCUUUGGCUUCAGACCAUACCGUCUCUGACAGCCCUUGAAGGUGGUAGCCCAACUCCUGUGCCUUUGAAAGGUUGGGGCGCUCUGAGUAAGACACUUCUCUUUUAAAAUGGGGAAGGCACCAUUAAGCCAAAAUGAAUCUGAAAAAAAGACCAAGUGGGAGGAUACUUAAUUUGUUGUAGUUGGGUGUGUUUUUGUUGGUUUUUUUGUUUGUUUGUUUUUUGUUUUGAGACAGUUUCGCUCGUUACCCAGGCUGGAGUGCAAUGCCACGAUCUCGGCUCACCACAACCUCCACCUCCUGGGUUCAGGCAAUUCUCCUGCCUCAGCCUCCUGAGUAGCUGGGAUUACAGGCGCGCGCCACCAUGCCCAGCUAGUUUUUUUUGUAUUUUUAGUAGAGAUGGGGUUUCACCAUGUUGACCAGGAUGGUUUCAAUCUCUUGACCUCGUGAUCCACCCGCCUCGGCCUCACAAAGUGCUGGGAUUACAGGCAUGAGCUACCAUGCCCAGCUGUUUUUGUUUUUUUUUUGAGACAGAGUCUUGCUCUGUUGCCAGGCUGGAGUGCAGUGGUGUGAUCUCAGCUCACUGCAACCUCUGACUCCCUGGUUCAAGUGAUUCUCCUACCUCAGCCUCCCAAGUAGCUGGGAUUACAGGCGUGCACCACCACGCCCAGCUAAUUUUUGUAUUUUUUAUAGAGACGGGGUUUCACCAUGUUGACCAGGUUGACCUCAUGAUCCACCCGCCUCAGGGCCUCCCAAAGUGCUGGGAUUACAGGCUUGAGCCACCAUGCCCGGCUCUGGUCUUUUUUUAGACAGGGUCUUGCUCUAUCACGCAGGAUGGAGUGCAGUGAUGGGACCUUGGCUCAUUGCAGCCUGGGCUCAAGUGAUCUUUCUGCUUCAGCUUCCUGAGUAGCUGGAACUACAGGUGCUCCACCUUGCCCAGCUGAUUUUUUUUUUUUUUUAAGACAGGAUCUUGAUAUGUUGUCCAGGCCAUCCUCCCCAAAGGGCUAGGAUUAUAGGCGUGAGCCACAGGCCUGGCCUGUAUUUCUUUAAUACCUGUCCUCAGAGCCGUCCUGCUUUUAAACUGAUGCAAACGGCAAAAGUAACCAAUUCAUGGGUUUGCUUGCUUUAGUACAAGAUUAUUUUAAGAAAUAACAAAGAAGAAAAGCUUGAGCUGGAUUUUGCUAAUUCUCAGGUAGCUGUAUCCCAGGGUCGACCCUGAGACUGAACCAAUCUGCCAAAACCUAAGAUGCCAUUUUGACCCCAGGGGGAGCUUCCAGAGCCACAAACCUGCACUUGGGAGGAAGUGUGCGGCCUCCAGGGCUGGGCUCCAAACUCGAGCUGAGGAACAUGCUGGCAGGCAGCUCUCUCAGGGUCUACUUGGGGUUCCAGCUGCUCCAAGGCACAGCACAUUCAGCCAUACACAGGGCAUUGCCGGGACCAAGAGGAGACUCCUUUGUGCAGAGGCCAAGACAGGCCUGUGACCUUGAACCGGGUGGACGUGAGGUCCCUUGAACUCCCUUCUCUCUCUGGCUUGUUACCCUGAAGCACCGGCCCCCCCAGUGCUGGGAUCAUUUGGUCAUUCUGUGCCAGCCCCCGGGUCACCUACCGUCACAGUGAAAGCUGCUCCCUCCUCUUACAAUGAUGUACCUUGUUUUGGGGUCUGGGGACAAGGCCGUCUCUUUCCAGUCCUGGAUGACACUGUGCACAGCCUGCCACCCCCUGCCUGCCCUCCUGCACAGAGUUAGACCUCCUGACCCGGCCUCCGCCCUGGGCAGCUUCCUUCGAAGCUGUUGCAGGUUAGCAUCUUUGGAAGGGAGUCAGAAGACGGAGUUCUGAGUACCGUUUUCCCUGCUGGGCCCUGGGCACGUUCUGUUCCUGCAGCAGAUGUUUUCUGCCUGCCUCUCCUGAGCAGCCACCGGAGUCACCUGUAGACCCCUGCCCCUCCUGUCCCUUGCCAGGCCUGUGGACUCAGUGCUUGCUGUCCUAAGUGCCCGUUUUGUGCCCAGCUCAGAAGACAGUGGCCAGUGGUCAAUCACAUCCAGGUCUCUGCCUGGCUACUUGCUCCGUGAACCCACCUCAGAUGCCCCUGCCCCCAGGGAGCCAGGUGACAGGGUGAGGUCAAAUGAUAAGCAAGUGUGGGAGAGGGCUGGUGGGGUCAGGCCCACAUGGACCCAGCUCUACACUCCCCCUCCAUCUGAGGAUCGGGGAGUCCAAGCUGCUACUGGCCACUGCAUCUCUCACUUCUUCUUCCCUAGAUACCCCACCUCCCCCACCCCAUCUUCUCCUGGACACCCCAUCUCUCCCACAUCAUAUUCCUCUGCCCACCCCCUCUCCUACCCCAUUUUUGGCUAUAUCUGGGGUUAGCUCAGCAGGUGAAAACCCAGAGUGUGGGUGAAACCCCUCUGGGGCCCAGACAUGCAAACCUUGGGGAUCUCUCUGUCCCAGCCGGACCCUCUGGCCGAUAGGAAGUUUCCCGAGUUCUCAGUUUUUUCUUCUGAAAAAUGAGGGGUUGGAUGCAAAGUUCUCCUCCUGGCCUGUGGCCCCCAGAGGAGGACAGGAGGAGGGAGCCUUAGAUAAUUCUCAUAUGCAUUUCACAGAUAAGGAGACUGAGACCCAGAGCCAUCAUAUUGAUACCUCAUUUGAUCUUCAUAAGAGCACCUGGAGGAGGGGGGUGGGGUGUUUGUGCUUUUUUUUGUUUUUUGCAUUCCAGGCUGGAGUGCAGUGGUGUGAUCUCAGCUCACUGCAACCUCGAUCUCUUGACCUUGUGAUCUGCCCACCUUGGCUUCCCAAAGUGCUGGGAUUACAGGCCUGAGCCACUGCACCUGGCCCCUGCUUUAAAAUUUUUUAAUAAAAAAAUGAAGAUAUGCAUUUUGUAGACAAUCUGCAAGUUCUGGAUGGGAACCCAUGAUGUAGUCAGGGAAGAAAUGACCCAUGUCCAGUAACCCCAAGCCUGCAGUGUGUGUUUUUCUACAUAAUUGAAAUCAUUCUAUACAUUAAAUUCAUGUCUUGACCAUCA